ACCAUCUACGCUGGCACAGAAGCCGGAAGUGAGUGUAGCUGCUCGGCUAGCCGUAGACGAAGCGAGGCUGUGGAUGGAAAGACAGCAGAGAAAAAGCUCUGAGCGGCGGACACAGACUCUUGGGGAACAAUAGCUUGACUCUCUCACCACGUUUCUGUCGGGCUGCUGAGUGGAGGUGUGGCGUGAUGAGUGGGGCUGCUCUUGGUAUCGAGAUCGUGGUGGUGUUUUUCCUGGCACUCUUCCUGCUGCAUCGCUAUGGCGACUUCAGGAAGCAGCAGCGCAUGGUUCUGUUUAGCACGCUGCUCGCCUGGUACCUCUGCUUCCUCAUCGUCUUCAUCUUACCUCUGGACGUUAGCACGACCAUCUACAAGCAGUGUAAGAUUGACCAUGAAGAGCAUUCUGCUGUUCCCACCAUCAGCCCAUCAGCAGUAAAUCACACUACAGCAAACUUAAAUUCCACACCCACGAAAAGUGUCGUGGAGCGAUGCUACAAACCGUGGAGCUACAUCCCUGAUGGCAUCAUGCCCGUCUUCUGGAGGGUGGUGUACUGGACGUCCCAGUGUCUCACAUGGCUGCUGCUGCCCUUCAUGCAGUCAUAUGCUCGCUCCGGAGGAUUCUCCAUCACUGGAAAAGUCAAAACAGCACUAAUAGAAAACGCCAUUUACUACGGGACGUACCUGCUCAUCUUCGGCUCUCUGCUCAUAUACGUGGCGGUUAACCCCAACUGGCAUCUGUCCUGGUAUGAGCUGCAGACCAUUGGGAUCACAGCGGCAAACACCUGGGGUCUGUUCCUCCUGGUUCUGCUGCUCGGGUACGGCCUGGUGGAGAUUCCCCGCUCCUACUGGAAUGGGUCACGACACGGACACCUGCUCAUCAAGACAUACUUCAAGGCGUCCAAACUGAUGACGGAGAAGGCGGACGCAGAGGAGAACCUGGAGGAUGUGAUGGAGGAAGUGAGAAAAGUCAGCGAGUCCAUCAAGUACAACCAUCCACUGAGGAAGUGCAUCGACACCAUCCUCAGAAAGUGCCCAGGGGACUACCAGGACAAGAUGGGCAGGAACAUGGAUGAUUACGAGGACUUUGAUGACAAACAGAACACGUAUCCCAGCGAGAAGAGCCUGGUGAAGCUUCAUAAACAGGUGAUCUACGCUGUUCAAAGACACAACAGGACUCGUGUGCAGUGGCAGAUGCUCCUGCAGCAGGCCAUCCAUCUGGAAGACGUGGCAAAGAAUGAGACCAGCUCCGCCCACCAGUUUGUCCACAGCUUCCCGCCAUUAGAACCUUCAGGCUGGUUCAGCAGAUACGUCUACACGGCGACUGUAGAGUGGUACUGGGAGUGUCUCCUGAAGUGCUGGUUCUAUCGGCUGCUGUCCGUGAUGCUGACUCUGUUCAGUGUGGCCGUGGUCUGGUCUGAGUGCACCUUCUUCAGCACACGGCCUGUCCUCUCUCUGUUUGCUGUCUCCAUCCAGCUGGCCGAACGAGACUACAACUACCUGUACAUCGAGAUGGCGUGCUUCAUUACGAUCUUCUUCCUGUGCAUCUGCGUUUACUCCACUGUUUUCCGCAUCCGGGUCUUUAACUACUACUACCUGGCCUCUCACCACCAGACCGAUGCUUACAGCCUCCAGUUCAGCGGCAUGUUGUUCUGUCGUCUGACUCCUCCCCUCUGCCUCAACUUCCUGGGUUUGAUUCACAUGGACUCUGCCAUCUCCCACCAGCAGAAGGAGCAGACCGCCUACACGUCAAUCAUGGGAUCCAUGCAUGUUUUGUCCUUCAUUGCUAAUGGCUUCUAUAUUUACUACCCAAUGCUGAUAGUCAUCCUUUGCAUCGCCACCUACUUCAGUUUGGGGACUCGCUGCCUGAACCUUCUGGGCUUCCAGCAGUUUCUGGGUGACUGUGAAAUGACCUCUGACCUGAUUGACGAGGGGAAGGAGCUGAUCCGACGAGAGAAAAGGAAGCGGCAACGGAUCGAAGAUGGUGAAAGCAGACGGAGGGAGUGGAAGGAGCGCUACGGAAACCCCCGAGAAGACUUUGCGGCGAGGAACAGAGGCAGUCACGAGAUGAAGGAGACCAGUUACUCGGACACAGUGACCUCCAGCGGCGGCGGCGGCGGUGGCGGCAGACAAGCAAAAUAUUCUCGCUCUGGCGGUCGACCGGAGAGGGACCGCAUCGAGCUGCUGCAGGACGCCGAGCCUUUAGACUUCAGUGCUGACAAUCUGGCAGACGAUGCCCUGGACUCUGACUCUGGCAGACACACGGGAGGACGGUAUCUGUCCAUGUCGUCGUCCCGCAGCCGGAUAUUUGAUGACGUCUAACAGCCGCCUCCGUGUCCACCUGCACCGCACGCUCCUCCAUCUGCUCGUCUCCCAGCAUGCACGGUAACCUAACAGACUGGUCACAUGUGUCACGUCCAGCUCGGAGUCAGAGCAGUGAAGGAAAACAAACGGUGAAUUUCCUGCUGCGUGUCAUGGCGGCAGGAGUCUGAGCAUGCACACCAAUGAUGUCUGCCAUGUUGUCACAUCACUGAGGUACAAUGAAGGUUUAUUUAUGUUCAUUAUUUUUACGUUAUGAAGGUCAUGUGAUCCAGUUACUGAGGACAUGUCUGUUUUAAGAUUGUCUCAUCUAUCUAUAAACCCAUGAAGGUAAACAGAACGUCCAGAAUCUUUUUUACUUUUAAAACUGAUCAUUCCAUCGUCCAUUCAAGGAAUGAAUGAUGAUUAACUUCAUGUAAAGCCUGCUCCUAGCUUCCGUAUGCUCUACACCUCAGCAUGUAAAGCCACGUUUCCACUAAGAGUCCAUGGAGCUUCUUAACAGGAACUAAAAGAUUCCUGACUAUUAAGUGUUGAUUUCCAACAACUAACAACUGACGUAUAUAGACACAUGUCUGUAUACGUCCAUGUUUGUGGACACAAACCAAAACAAGUGGAUAGGAACACACUCCGUCUGUUUAGGAAAGCAAAGUUUUACAAUUAUCGCAAUAAUACCGUGAAUCACAAUUAUUUUGGAUGCGAAAAUCGUGACGUGAAUUAUAUUACCCCCACACCUGUCUGGUGCACUGUGAGGUCAUGUGUGCCUGUCAGCUGAGAUGGUGUAGCUAUGUCAAGGCAAUCAGAGAUGGCAGACUUCACCCCAUUCACGCAACAAGCCUCUGGCGGCCUCUGUUGGUCAUAUUGGCAAGUGCAAGUGUGGAAGCACUCUGGUUUUAUGUCCAAGCAUAAAACCAGAGCCGGUGAGCGAACGAACGCUGUUGCAUUCAGAGCAAACGGAUCCUUUAUAUUGUUAUAAAGCAUUGACACAUUUGAGAUGAUAAACAGAAAACGGGGAAAGCGUACACAAUAAAACAGUGGUUAACAUGAAGGAGUUUCAUACAGCACUGCUGUAAAGGGAAAAAAGUUAGUAGCAAUCAGAUUUCAAUACGAGUGGACGUUGAAGCAAAACUAGGUUGUUCAACUCUAUUCAACUCUUCAUCUUUGAAGGCUCCUGGAUUUUCUGAAAGUAUGACAUCUCAGCAAGUUUCUUGCUGGGGGGAUAAACAUUUACUUGGAAGUUCUAUUUCGUCCUUGGUCCCUAAGUUGGAAAUACAUGCGAUUCAUGGAAAAGCCCUUAUUUCCUGGUUAAAGUUCCUGAGGUGGAAAAGCUCAUAGUUCUUGGUAAGGUGCCUAGUUUCUGGUGAAAGCUCCUGUGGUGGAAAAGUGGCUUGAAUUAAAGAUGAAAUGGAUCUAAAAUAGUUCCUUGGGGUACACCCUCAGUUAACAGACGGUUCUUCACCUUAGUGGCCCAAAAGAGCAACUGCAUGUUUAACAAUUGCAACUCUAACCCGGUUAAAGAUCGGUCACGCGUAAUUAUAAUUAGUAGGAAAACACGAAGCAUCUUUGAUUUGUAGUUGCCGUAGGUGUAUAUAUAUCGUUAGCAUUUAGCGCUCACUGCAGGUUCUCCUCACUCCUCUGUACAUAUGUAUUAUAUGGUCUAAUCAAUGACGUAGAAGGAGAUGUUUCCGUCUCGUGAAGUAAUUAACUCUGCCACGAAGGUCAAUGUUUUUCGCGAAGUUUGUCUUUCUGUGAGUAGCUUAACUCAAAAACUUAAGGACAGAUUUUUAUAGUUUUGUUUUUGAGAUGGUAGGUUAUGGCUUAAGGAAAAAAACUAUUUAGAUUUUGAUGCUUUUUGAUCUAGAUUCAAGUUAAAAAAAAUAAAUAAAUAAGGUGAUUAACCUUGCUAGAUGUAUUGACACUGGGAAAUCUGAAUGGCCUUGGCACUCUCUGAUUGUUUUCUCUAAUUAAUAUUUAUUUUACAAUAUUUAUUGUCACAUGUUGCUUGUGGUUGUGGAGCUAGAGUCAAUCCUGUGAUUUACAGUUGUGAAGUAUUAUAUAUCAUAUCUGUGGGUGAAUGUGCUGCCAGUGUCAUGCGGGUGAAUAAAAGUGAUCAGAAACACUCUAA